AUGAGUGUUAUUCUGUGUACAGCGGGGUAUGAUCAUACCAUCCGUUUCUGGGAGGCACUUUCGGGAAUAUGUUCGCGCACGCUGCAGCACCCGGACUCCCAGGUCAACCGCCUCUGCAUCACGCCAGACAAACGAUACCUCGCAGCGGCCGGCCACACCAACGUCAAGCUCUACGACAUCAAGUCAUCCAACCCAAACCCAGUGAUGAACUUUGAGGGCCACUCAAACAACAUCACGGGAGUCGCGUUUCACUGCGAAGGAAGAUGGAUGGUCACCAGUUCAGAGGACUGCACCGUUAAAGUCUGGGACACGCGCUCCGGCGGCCUCCAGCGAAACUACGUCCACAAGGCGCCCGUCAACGAUGUGGUUAUUCAUCCGAACCAGGGCGAGCUGAUCAGCGGCGAUCGCGCAGGUACGGUGCGUGUCUGGGACUUGGGAGAUAGUGUCUGCACGCAUCAAUUGAUACCGGAAGACGACGUGGCCGUGUCGAGUGUCAGCGUUGCCAGUGAUGGUUCUCUGCUGUGCGCGGGCAACAAAAAGGGCAACGUCUAUAUCUGGCGCAUGAUCCAAGAUGCCAACGUCACACGAAUCGUCCCCAUCACCACCUUCCAAGCUCACAAGGACUACCUCACGCGAGUUUUGUUGUCGCCCGACGUCAAACAUCUCGCCACCUGCUCUGCAGACCAUACCGCCAAAAUAUGGAAUCUCGACCCCCUGUACCCCCCUGCUGUCGCCGCCGCCGCCGCACCCCCGAGCGCAUCCAAACUGAAUAGCAUCACCAAACCCAACGGGACAUUGAGUAAUGGCAGCGGCACGCCAGCCUCAGCAAGCUCACUCACACUACGAAGCGCCUCGAGCGACCUCGCCGCCAGCGACUUUAGCAUGCUAGGCUCCCAAAGCCCAAACAGCGUCGCCGCCGCCGCCGCUGCUGCUGCCUCUGCACAGCAAGCAGCAUUCCCUACACAACCGGACGGCCCACCCAUGGACGAGACAUCGCACACACUAUUCCUCGAAACGACACUAGCAGGCCACCAGCGCUGGGUCUGGGACUGCGCGUUCUCGGCCGACUCGGCGUAUCUCGUCACCGUUUCUAGUGACCAUUACGCACGACUGUGGGAGUUGGCUUCUGGAACGAUUAUUCGGCAGUAUAGUGGCCACCAUCGUGGCUCGGUGUGUGUUGCGUUGAAUGAUUAUUCGGAGCCUCGUUAA